GUACCCGUGGGCAGCUGGAGGCACGUGUAAGUAACACAGGUCCUGGGUGAUUAGAGAGAGCAGAGAAUCCAGAGCUCUUGCCCAUUGCUGUGUCAUCUUGCCAGAUCUGACACUGCUCUGCCAGUUCUAUGGUCAUGAGGACUUUUCUGCUAGCUUUGGUUGUGCUGCUGCUCCUGUUCCAGGUCAUUCCAGGCAACACUAAAAGAUGUUGGAAUCAUCGUGGCUCCUGCAGUGAAAGAUGCAUAAAGAAAGAAAUAUUUUUUAUUUUCUGCACGAGUGGUUACCUGUGCUGUGUGAAGCCCAAGCACAAGCCAAAUUUACUAUAGAAGUGAACUAGUGCUUUGAAGUCCAAGGCCACAAACAUGAAGAUAAACCUGUCCAGAGUCUGGCUUCAGUAGAUUUCUGAGCUUAAGUAAAAUACUUUUGGCUGA